UCCCCGCGUCUAGACUUUGAAGCCAUUCGACAGCAUCACGAACCAACUGCACUCGAGCUAUAAGCCGUAGACUACAAGCUAUCAGCAUUCCAUUGCGUCUCCAGUCUUCAGCUCCAUCCAAGUUUCUGUCCUUCUUCUCCACAGGACGAGGCGAGCACUAGUGGCGCUUCAAUGGCUGAAUCAGAGCACAGGGAGGCGAAGCUGCGGAAUCGCGUCGUCGACUCCAUUAGCAGGAGGGCCGAGAAUGCCCUCAAGGAAGACUACGGAAAGGCAAGGGUUAUGGCCUCUGAUGCCGUCCAGAGCCAGGCAUAUCUCUAUCCCAUCAAGGGAAUCUUCUACUUCCUCGCUCAUCGGAGCUUAUGGCAGCCAUUGAUUGAUCGAAUUGUUCCUUAUGGCACCCUUACAAUCUCCGUUAUUGCUGCCAUGUUUACCAUUGCAUACUUACCGCAGCUGGCAGUUCUCUUGCUCUUCAACGGCCCACUGGCUGUAUAUUCAACAGUCCUCCUCACGCUCAACGAGAGUUCCAUCAUCAUUCACAUGAUCUCCCGUACUUGGAUACUCCAAGAAGCACUCAUGGAUACCUUUGAUGGCACAAUGGUUUCGAGAAACGCAACAGCCGUCGUCCAGCAAGGCCGAGAGGUACGGCCCGGUAGUGACCCUAUGAAGAAGUUAGGCAAGGUAUUCAAGAAGCGGUUCGAGAAAAUGAGUCUCACUUCAAUGGUUCGAUAUUUCAUGUAUCUGCCUCUGAACUUCAUCCCCGUUGUGGGCACCAUUACUUUUAUUUUCCUUCAUGGUAAACACAGAGGCAGGAUCGUACACAGUCGGUACUUUCAACUCAAGAAUUGGUCCGAGUCACAAAGGACACAGUGGCUCAAUACCCACACUGGAGCUUAUGCAUCCUUUGGCGUCGUUGCGACCCUUCUUGAGAUGAUUCCUGUGGUGUCCAUCUUCUUCUCCUAUACAAACACUGUUGGUGCUGCCCUGUGGGCUGCCGAUAUUGAAAUGCAGAAUAACGCCAUGGUCAAAGAAACUGCCCCUAACCUAAGGCAGGCCGCUGAGAGCAUUGAGUAAGCUUUCAGGUCCAUCGCUAGCCGACCAAGUGUUGCCAAACAGAGUGCUCAAGACACACUAUAUCAAUUUCAGGGAGUAACUGCCCAUGGAUUAAGUGACCAUCUUUAUACGCAAGAUAGUGUGUCGAUUCAACAAGGGGCUAUGGCUAGCCAUCGUAAUGUUUGCUAUCAGGUAAUCUACCGCUGCUACACCUUUUGGCCAAAGUGGCCACGCGGUUGGACCGUCUAUUUAUGGAGUUUCCAAGAGCACAUGUACGCCCGUAGGGGGUGAGGAUCUUGAGAUGCUAAGCAUCUGUGGCAGCCUGAACUUUUGCAACUUCUUACAAAAGACGGCGAAAAAAACGCCACAACGUAAAUAUAGCUAGCUAGCAUAUAUACAAAAGCGGCCAGAUCUCGGUAUAUCGUGAGACAGUUUCAUGCUAGCAUUCUCGUCCGGG